UUUUCUUCUAGUCCCUGAGGCACUUCCGGUACUCGCGGAACUUUGGUGCCGCCGGACGCGUAGCGUGGGGACGCAGGCGCGCAGGGCGGCAGGAGUUGUUUCCGGCCUUCUUCUUGGUCUGGGUUGGGGUGUCGCGGCAAACGGAAAAUGGAGACAAUUCUGGAGCAGCAGCGGCGCUAUCAUGAGGAGAAGGAACGGCUUAUGGACGUCAUGGCCAAAGAGAUGCUCACAAAGAAGUCCACGCUCCGGGACCAGAUCAAUUCUGACCACCGCACUCGGGCCAUGCAGGAUAGGUAUAUGGAGGUCAGUGGGAACCUGAGGGAUUUGUAUGACGAUAAAGAUGGGUUACGAAAGGAGGAGCUCAAUGCUAUUUCAGGACCCAAUGAGUUUGCUGAAUUCUAUAAUAGACUCAAGCAAAUAAAGGAAUUCCACCGGAAGCACCCAAAUGAGAUCUGUGUGCCAAUGUCAGUGGAAUUUGAGGAGCUCCUGAAGGCUCGAGAGAAUCCAAGUGAAGAGGCGCAAAGUAAAUACCUAGAGAUGCUGCUUGAGUACCUUCAGGAUUACACUGAUAGAGUGAAGCCCCUCCAAGAUCAGAAUGAACUUUUUGGGAAGAUUCAGACUGAGUUUGAGAAGAAGUGGGAGAACGGUACCUUCCCUGGAUGGCCGAAAGAGACAAGCAGUGCCCUGACUCAUGCUGGGGCCCAUCUUGACCUCUCUGCAUUCUCCUCCUGGGAGGAGUUGGCCUCCCUGGGUCUGGACAGAUUGAAAUCUGCACUCUUAGCUUUAGGCCUGAAAUGUGGCGGGACCCUAGAAGAGCGAGCCCAGAGACUAUUCAGCACCAAAGGAAAGUCCCUGGAGUCACUUGACACUUCUCUGUUUGCCAAAAAUCCCAAGUCAAAGGGCACCAAGCGAGACACUGAGAGGAACAAAGACAUUGCUUUUCUAGAAGCCCAGAUCUAUGAAUAUGUAGAGAUUCUUGGGGAACAGCGACAUCUAACUCAUGAAAAUGUACAACGCAAGCAAGCAAGGACAGGAGAAGAGCGAGAAGAGGAGGAGGAAGAGCAGAUCAGUGAGAGUGAAAGUGAAGAUGAAGAGAACGAGAUCAUUUACAACCCCAAAAACCUGCCCCUUGGCUGGGAUGGCAAACCCAUUCCCUACUGGCUGUAUAAGCUUCAUGGCCUAAACAUCAACUACAACUGUGAAAUUUGUGGAAACUACACCUACCGAGGACCCAAGGCCUUCCAACGGCACUUUGCUGAAUGGCGUCAUGCCCAUGGCAUGAGGUGUUUGGGCAUCCCAAACACUGCCCACUUUGCUAAUGUGACACAGAUUGAAGAUGCUGUCUCCUUGUGGGCCAAGCUGAAACUGCAGAAGGCUUCAGAGCGAUGGCAGCCCGACACUGAGGAAGAAUAUGAAGACUCCAGUGGGAAUGUUGUGAAUAAGAAGACCUAUGAGGAUCUGAAAAGACAAGGACUGCUCUAGUGUUCAGGGAUGUAGCUCAGCUUUUGGGCUUGCCCAGGCCUCCCUGAGAUCUGCAUUUUCUAUUUCUUCCAACCAAAUGCUCAAAGACCCUUUGCUAUGUAGUCUUAUGGUCUAGCAUGCAUCUUGUAGAAACAAGGCAUGCAGACACAUUGUAGGGUUGAGAUGUGUUUUAUCUUUGUUUUAUAUUAAAAAAGAUUCUGCCAGAAAACAAAACCAUCCCUUGUUUU